ACGUUUGACACUUGGACGCCAGGUCAUGAAAAACCAAGGGUGGAAAAAUCACUGUGUGGUGUCUGUUUUUGAAUUGCUUUCUAUUCUGAGCCAACCUGUUCACGUGCAAUGCGCCAAUACAUAAAUCACAUCACCACCAUUUCCAGCUUCAGAUUCAGAUUCACAACUCAAGACUCCCUCUCUAACGCGCCCAAGAGGGAGCACCACCACCACCACCACCACAACCACCACCGCUUUGAAUCUCACCUCAUUCUUCCCGUGGUUGCAAGAUGGUUGUGCAGAAUUUUGUUGUUGAUUUGAACAAGCCCCUUGUUUUCCAGGUUGGGCAUCUUGGAGAAGCCUAUGAUGAGUGGGUUCACGAACCUAUCAUAAGCAAGGAAGGUCCUCGUUUCUUCCAAAGCGGUGUUUUGGAGUUAUUUACGCAGACUGCUUGGUGGGUGAUUCCAAUUAUUUGGGUGCCGGUUGCAUCUUGGUUCAUUUCUGGCUCUGUGAAAGCUGGCCUCCCUUGUUCUCAUGUGGCUCCUCUGGUGUUUCUUGGCAUUUUCCUUUGGACAUUGGCGGAAUACUUGUUGCACCGUUUUCUUUUCCAUGUUAAAACCAAGAGCUAUUGGGGAAAUACCUUGCAUUAUCUUAUGCAUGGCUGCCACCAUAAACACCCCAUGGAUAGCUUAAGACUUGUUUUCCCCCCAGCUGCUGCCGUUAUAUUAGCUGUGCCGAUCUGGAACAUUGUGAAGCUUGCAUCAACCCCUUCAACUGCUCCUGCUGUGUUUGGAGGUAUUCUUUUGGGCUAUGUGAUGUAUGAUUGCACCCAUUACUACUUGCACCAUGGUCAACCAAAGACUGAAGUGCCUCGAAGUCUUAAGAAGUACCACUUGAAUCAUCACUAUCGGCUCCAGAGCUAUGGCUUCGGUAUCACUUCACCACUAUGGGAUAAGGUUUUUGGAACGGUUCCUCCUCCAUUAAAGGCGGAUGCCAAAAGUAGAUAAGUAACAGACAAUGCUGCAUUUGUUCAUUGGUUAAGAUCAUAGCAGAUUCAGGAGUUCAGACAAAAAAAGUCAAGAGUUCAUGCUUUUUAUUGUCUAAUUUUUCUUUCUCCUUAAUUGAUGUUUGAGGGUUAAUAUGCCACCUUGUGUUAAACAUCCUGUAAAAUUGUAACAUGUAUCAAAUUCAUAGUAUAAAACUCUCCUAUUUGGGCACAA